AUGGUAGGUCUUAACUGGGCGGAUUUGUUUAAUGCCUAUGUCGUAUGGCUGAUGACGCCAUACCUCACUGAUGUAUGGAAGCUUAAUUUCACGCCUGCCGCUGCCAUUGUCAAUCUUUGGCGGGGUCUGAUGGCUACGCUGCCAUUUUGCAUGUUAUUUCUUGCUGAUACUGUGAUGGGCAAGUUUUGGAUGCUCUCGAUGUCCAGUCUAGCCUGUAGUGCAGGGAUGGGGCUAUUGUCAAUGUCAAUACCAUCAGUUUUUGCAAAGGAAACAGGCGGCACGUGUACUUCAUACGAGCCCACCUGUAUCAGCGACGAAAAGAGAAUUCUCUUCUUCACAGCAUUCCCUCUAGUAGCUUUUGGAAUAUCAGGUCUAAGAUCCUCCCUAGUCCCAUUCUUGAAAAAACAUGAUAAAGAAAUGGAGGGAGAAGAUAAAGAAAUCAGUGGUGGAGAGGCUAUAGGCCUGUGUUUUGGACUCUUUGCUGUGAGCUUAAUUCCCUCAGCUGCAUUUUUAUCAUUGAGCUAUAUAAAUCCAUGGACUAUUAAAUUUGGGCUACCGGCUAUAUGCACAACUGCAGCGACCUUGGUGUUUUUAACUGGUUCGUGUCACUAUAACCGUGAACCCCCAAAAGGGAGCCCAUUUACCACAGUGUUCAGGGUCAUUCAUGCGGCUGCUUCCAAAAUGUGCACUCGUACCCCAAAGGAUGCUCGUCGGCCUUAUGAGAAACCUGCUGCUAAAGCUGAUGAUGAUAUCCUUUUUCUGGAUCACACCGAUGAUCUCAGUUUUCUGGAUAAAGCUGCCAUUAUAUUGCCAAAUCAACCUCUAGAGCAACAAAAAAACAACCGAUGGAGACUUUGUAGAGUAACUGAAGUUGAAGAAACGAAGAUUGUCAGUCGCUUAAUUCCUAUGUCGAACCACUUGAAUCGCAAGAAAUACCCUCUUCUAGUGCUUCCCUACAUUUGUGAGGUUUGGAAGUCAAACUACAGUAGUUUCUACUUAAAUUGUGGAGGCAAACCAAGCAAGUAUCGUCCCCCAAUUGGCAUUGCGGUUUCCAUGGUUUUUGCCAUCCUUUGUUGUAUAACUGCUGCAAAAGUUGAGGUUCGGAGAUUAGAUGUGGUUAAGAGCCAUGGUUUACUCGACAAGCCAGAUGACGAAAUUCCCAUUAAUUUUUUCUGGCUGUUGCCACAGUUUGCGUUACUUGGGGCCCUGGAUGGAAUUUUCGAACAAAGUGUUGUCGGUUUCUUUACAAACCAGGUUCCUCCCUCCAUGACUCCAUACAUGAAUUGGUUGAGUGAGGGCAUUCGUGGAGUAGGGAUAAUGAUCAGUGUAAUUUCGGUGUUUGUGGUGGGAAAGAUAAGUGAAAAGGGGGGGACGAAACCAAGUUGGUUCAAGGACACCCUGAACAAGAGUCGCUUAGACAAUUAUUACUGGACAUUGGCUUUCAUGGUUUUAGUUAACCUUGUUUUCUACAGUUUGGUGGCAUUUCGUUUCAAGUACAGGGAUUCAUUAGAGCCAGCAAAUAAAAGUGAAUCCCCAGACUUUAGUGAAACAUUACAAGAACUUGCCUUUCAAGAUCCAGAAAAUCUCCUUGAUUAA